GGGGCGGGCGCAGGGCGGUGGCCGGUUCAAACGCGGCCAGGCGGGCUCUGAGCGCGGGCGGGCCUGUUUGUCUCCCCCCCAGAGUUCCUACCAUGUGCGUACUUUAUGUGAUUAGAAGUCCGAAGGUUGCAUGAUAGUGAGCACUGCUGGGCAAAAUGUCUUUUCUGCGUACUGGACAAAUGAAGAGAAAAUGGGAAGAAAGAUUGAAGAAUGUUGAUGAACUAGCAUCUCGAUAUAAAAGAAAGCCACUUUGCCCUGUUUACAGGCCGCAGCUGUCCAAACCAUGGCAACCGUGCUCUGUUUGGAAUCUGUUUCAUCGACAAUCUCAAGCUUUUAACUAUGCAAAAACCUGUAAGGAGGAUGUUCAUGUAUUUGCUUUGGAAACGAACAAAGAAGAUGGACAAAGGUAUUAUCUUGUGACAACAUAUACAGAGCUUUGGUUUUAUUACAACAAAGAACAAAAAACAAGUCUCAUGCAUUGCUAUGAAGUUAUUCCUGAAAAAGCUGUUUGCAAACUGUAUUUUGAUUUGGAGUUCUAUAAACCAGUGAAUCCUGGAGCUGAUGGCAAGCAGAUGAUUGCAAAGUUAAUUGAGCUUUUUAGUAAAAAGCUGGAAGAACUUUAUGGAGUUAAAUGUUCAGCUGAAGAUGUCUUGAACUUAGAUUCCAGCACUGAUGAAAAAUUUAGCCAUCACUUAAUAUUUCUGCUUCCCAAGACAGCAUUUCAGGAUAAUAUUAAUGUUGGUAAUUUUGUGAAAACAGUUUUGCAACCUGCUCUUGUUUUAAUUGAAAAUAAAGCUGAUGCUCUGAUUCUAGAAGAAGGGGCGGACAGUGUUGUUUCCCAGUCUUCCAAAGCAACAGCUGAAAUAGAUGGUACUGUUGUAAACCUCGGUGCAGUGAAGGAGCCUCCUGGGAAAUGGCAAUCUAAUAUGCACAAAACGCUGGAAAAUGGAACACGGCAACAGAACGAAAAUCCUGAUCUUUCCUUUCUAGUUGUGAAUGAUAAGGAGGGAGGCAAGCAACUUGUCGUCGAUCUGGGAGUUUAUACAAAGAAUAGAAAUUUCCGGCUCUAUAAGUCAUCAAAAGCAGGAAAGCAUAUGACUUUGAAAAUAGCUGAAGAUAACAAGUUUGUUCCUAAACCCAAAAAGAAUAUCUCUGUUGAGGAGCAAUAUUUCCUUUCCUCUUUGGUUUGCAAUGUUCGGUUCUCAGAAAUUGAAAGAGCCCUAACUUGUGACAUCCCAGAAGGGAAGAAAAAAAUGUUUAAACAAACAGACAGAGUUUCCAGUAGCACUUCAGUUAACAAAGAUGAUGCUCAUGGAGGGAUACGACGAUGGAAUUAUUUUUCCUUGGAAGAACUCCUUGUUUAUGACAUAUCCAGAUAUCGCUGGUGUAAAAAUAUUGGAAGAGCCCACAAAAGUAAUAACAUAAUGAUUCUGGUAGAUCUAAAAAAAGAAGUUUACUAUCAAAAAUGUUAUGACCCUGUCUGCAGAGCUAAAAACUUCAAAUCAGAAAGUAUUCCAUUACCCCCUGAGAUAUGCCUCCCUUUUCUUUUCAAAGAGGAAGAAUAUGUACUUUUUAUGGAUGAGAGUGGGAACAUAGAAGAAAAACCUAACCUUACAGACUUAUCAGAAAGCACAUCAUUAAGGAUACAUCAAGAAAAUAAGAAGUCUCCUGACAAGCUCUGUUCAAAUACAGAAUGGGACAAUGUGACUGAUGAUGUGUAUUUUCUGGAAGCUAUCGAAGAUGCUGAACUUGCAGAAGUUGCAGACAACAGUCUGACCACGUGGAACUGUGACCUGGAAGAAAUACCUGAUGAGCUUCUCAUAGAGGUUUUAAGAAAACAGGAAGUUUGUGGUAACAAGACAUACAACUAGCUAUCAACUAAGGGUAGCUGUUUAUAAAAUGUGCUAACUCAACUAUAUCUUAAUGUAUCUAAAGCCAAAAGUUUCAGAAGUCCCGUUUACACUGCCAAAAGAAACCGAUAGAACCAUGCCAGCAUCCUCUCUUUAUAAGAAAGCGCAUAGUAAACUUGCCAUUAGCUGUGUUUUUGUACAUUGGGUUUAUAUGUUAAUGACAUUUAUAUGGUUUAACAGGAUACAGCCUAUAAUUUCUGGUUUAAGUUCCAGCUUAGUCAGUGGUGGUUCUGCCACCUGCAGCGGUGCAUAUGGCACAAAAGCCACCCUCUCUCUUUAGAGAGGCCAAGGACUGAAUAGCUGCAGAAACUGAACUAUCCUCUCACCCCUAGAAGUAGCUGCUCCUGGACAGGAAAGAAGCACCAUGGAAGACCCAGGUAGAUCAGCUUACGCUAUGGUACCUGUGUUGUGCAUGUUCUAAAGCUAGACACAGGUGAUCAGUCUGGUACUUCUCAGGAGCACUAAAUUCAAAAUGUAAAAAAAAUGCUAAAUGGACAGUGUCAACACACUCAAAAAGCUUUAUGGACAAUGAUUCAGGUAAAAUUCACUUACCAAGGGAUGGAAUGUGGUUAGAACAUGUUUCUUCCCAUAUGUCCAAAUGUUUAGGAUGUUGCCUACAGUCUGUACUGUACUUCGUUACUUUACAAAGGGCAGGCAGGAUUUCUUACCUAUAUGUGGGCCUGCCAAAAGGUAAAUCCAUACUUUAGAUAAAAACUUUUGAGGAUUUGUCUACCUUUCAUUAUGCUCACCACCUUCUGUACAACUUGUUAUAACUAAGCUGUUUUUAAAAAUCCACAUAUUAGUUUUAGAAAUAUUUUAUCCAUUAUGCAUAUAAUGGUGGAACAAUUUAGACAUGUCUCAGGCUUGUAACAGGCAACUUACAAAUUAUCUUUAUGCUACUUUAGGAUGAGCAACAACAGGUUUUUCAGUAAAUAUAAGUUUUAAUUUCCACUAAAGAAAAUGUCUACUCUUGUCACAUUAGUAUUUCCAAAUGAUUACUCUGGUAAUCCAAUAAUAAAAUCCUAUUAAUUUUAAAGCACUAGAUUUAUCACUGAUUCAUUGAGAUCAUUAAUGGUUUGUCAUACUACCUCUGCUCCAGGCUGCCGCACACAAACUUAUUAUACAUCAAAGUGAAAAACCACACGUUCCCCUCACAAUUGUUAGUAAAUCUUUAGAAACAUAUCAACUUUUCUGACAAGAGGCUCACACCACUUAUUUAUAGAGGUGAAAGAUUUGAAGUCAGAAGCAAUUUAAACACAUUGCUUUGUUUUAUUAAAUGCUUAUGGGAGUAUUUAAAUAAUUGCUGCUUCUGUUAUAUCAAAAGUUAGAGUGCAAACACAAACUACUAAAAUCUACAUGAGUAGCAAUGUCAUAACCAUGUAUAUUUAGCUUGCUUCUUGUUUACGUAUAUGAAUACACUUAACUGAUGCUAACUAUGCUUAGUUGCAAAUAGAAGGCAUAAAGUAUUUAAAAUUUCUCUGGCUGCUCCUUUUUCUGCAAAUUCAGAACCUCUUGUAAUCUUGUGUUGAUAUUCUGAAAAUGACUUUCAGCUCUUAAAAUUCGUUGUGAUUCCACCAGAAGAGCAGGAAUGCUGGAAGUUCCAUACUGUUGGAGGGAAAAAAUUGCACGGCAUUAACCCUUUAAAAACAAACUGUCCAAAUACUCCAUUUGUCUCUCAUACUUGACAUAUUUGAAAGAGUGGAUUAUAAUUUGAUGUCACUCUCUUCAAAUGUUCUAUUCUGCAUGUUUAAGUCAAGUUAAAGUUUGGCUGUACUAAGCAUAAGCAGAUAAUAUGCCCUAAAGUGGACGGUUUCCUUAGACUGGGAGGUCAGCAGUGCCCUAGAAGAGAGGAGACUGUAUUCCAGGCCAUGAGCACAAUUCCUGUACAGGUCUCCUACGCUACUUAAACUACAUAUUUGAGAAGUUCACUGUCAGUGCUGUGCUGCUGAACAGACGUUUGAGCAUUAAAGAGGGUUACAAAAUUCACUGUGAGGUUGGAAAGUUAGCAAACACUACCAUCUUGUAUUUAGGGAAGCUCCUGGGCACCAGGGUUUGACCUAUAUCUAUACUAAAUAAGAAAAUUAAUUUACUUUGUUUCUCACUGAACUUUUUAAAAAUAGUACGCUACAUGUGUGUCCUGGAUACAAUAACACUGAAGUUUUUGCCAUGCUGUACAAGGUCUUGACAGACACCAACAUGAUGAUAUUGCUGUCUGCCCUGAAUCACCAUUUAGUUUCUUCUCCUGAAGAGACAAAACUUGAAUUAGCCAGUGCAACAUCAUAGAAUCAAUAUGUACUUACGACUACUUUUUCUUGUGGGUUGUCUUCUCUGUAAUUUAAAUACUGUUGCUGCACCUCCUUUAAAUCAGUUAGGAACUGGGUUGCAUUCCUGACAGAAGAUUCUCUCUCUUGUAGCUCAGCAUAUUCUCUUUGUAGUUGCUUCAGUUGUGGUCCAGUCCUUAAAAAAAAAAAAAAUCAAUACUUAAGGAUUGUGUUGUGAAUUUUCUUCUUUCAGGAGUUACUUUGAAUGUACUGUUUCUGGUGAACAUGACUUAAUGGGGUCAUAAAAGUGUAAAGUACAGACAGCCUGGUAUUUUUCUCAAUGAGGGUAACUAAUUGGAUAGGAAUAUGGCCCUUUAAAGUGGGCAUACUGUUUGAGUUUUUAUCUAAUAAGGACCCAGAUCUUUAAUCUUGUCAAUAAUUCUUCUGCCAGGAAUCCAGCGAUCACAUUUAUGAUCAAGGGGAUUCUAGGAGAUGGCUUUUGCCAAGGAGUACAAUUUAAAAUAGACUCAUGCAUAACAUUUAAGGUUAAAAUACAGCCAACAAUAUACCCCCUCUAUUUUGAGAGAUAUCCUAUAGUAAUGGAAUAUGGCAGUAGGCAUUCUGUGACUCCACCAUACCAGAUGCUGCAUGUACUAUCUUGGGAAAUAUCCCACCCCUGUAGGGGCAGUUAAAAUCAGAAUGUAUUGCAUGUGUUCAAGGCUGAGUUCUAUUAAGGGAAUUAGGAAGUUUACCCAGCAAGAUUGAAGUGAGCUAUAUUGGGGGUGGGAACAACGCCCCACACUGUUCCACGCUCAGAGUAUUUGUUAAUUUUAAGUAGUCUUAACCUAUCUGAUCAUGUUCUCACCUCCAGUCAUGCAGCUGGUGUAUUUCUUAUGGAAUGUGUAGCCCAGCUGGCAGACAUUAUCCCAAGAAUUUAGAGUAGCUGGAGACAGCUUGUGAAAAUGACUCCCUGUUUCUAUUAGGCAGUUCCACAACUCCUGUGGAGAUGGAGUGGUUAAUUUUAGCUUUUGCAAAAAGGAAGGAAUACACAUGUUCAGCUCAUGCAGGCCAUAAAUGUUUCAUCUGCUAUUUACACAAAAACAGUCAGUUAACGACAAAAGCAAGGGUUACCUUAGAUUUUCUGGACAGUAACAGGACUCCUCAAUUUCCACUGAUAAGCUAUUAUUGUAUGCUUUCAAUCAAUAUAAUCACUAUAUAUUUCAGCAAAUGGAAACUUACCGAAUUAGUUCUCCUCUAACUUCCAGCAAACGCCUUCUUUUUUUAUUGAUGUCUGUGAUCACCUAUUAUAUAAUUAAGUGAAAUAGCAGUCUUUCAAGACUAAGACAGUUAAAUGAGAAGGUAGAUAUCUUCCCUAUCCCCAACUCUACAUUCUGAAUUGACAAUGCUCUGGGGGUUCUAGACAUGGAAAAUCUUGAGAUACCAAGUCUUACAAUUCAUGACAAUGUAAUCUAUGGAAGUGCUAUUUUAGGUAUUUUUUCAAAAGGGUCUCUAAAAUUUGUUAGCAUUUUCCUUCUCCUUCCAUAACUUAUACUAUUGAACUCACUGUAGUAAGGGAUCCUUGUUCAUCCAGGCAGGUAAAUCCCAACAUUUAAAAAAAAUGUCAAGCAUUUCAAAAGUAACUUUUCAGUAACAUUUGGCAUAAGACGCUGGUGUAGAAAUUUAUUUUUUAUUAAUACUUAUUCGGGAGGAUCUCUAACUCAGGAGUUGCAAAGCCAAUCAUAACACAGGCACCCCACAUUCUCAUCUACAAAAUCUUUACAUCACAGUAGAUUACAUUUUUUUUUUUACAUGUAAGAAUAGCAUGAUGUUGUUUGUGUAGUGCUUUAGGAUUCUUCAGAAUGAAAGGUGCUCUGUACAUUUAAGAUUUUUCUAUAUUCUUUAAUUCAAACACUUAAAAGUACACCCUAAUCCUGCAAGUUGCUCUGCACAGAUAGCACUCUGCACAGAACAGCUUGUAGCAUUGGAGCCUAAGUUUUGGAUGACUUCAUAGAAAAGUUCUGUCUUUAUAAAGUCAAGUUCUAAAUCAGAAGUUUAAAUGAGAGAGCUUGCAUACAAUGUGUGACUUAGAUUAAAAACAUGUUUUUAAAAUAGUGAUUGUCAAUCCAUCAAAUCAUUAAAUGUAAUUUUACCAGGAAUCCCUUCCUGUUUUCCCCUCUCAAAUCUCCUUCUCCAAGAAAUACUGAAUUUACAUUCAAAGACCAGGAGGAAGAUCUAGAAAAAGGGGGGUUGAGACACUGACUGAGGACACAGAGAAGGUUGCCAUCAGUGUCAGGAAGAUGAACUUUACAAGAAUGGUGGGAGACAAAGAACAACAGCCGCUGACUCCACUUGAUGGGAGACCACAAAGGCAAAGACAAUGAUUCAAAUAUACUAGAAUUGCUGGGUGAAGUGGAUCUGCUGUUUUCAGGGCUGGACAAAAAUAUGCUUGUGAAUUAGACAUGGGCAAAGUUUUUUGACAAAUAGCUUAUUCAACAACAAAUGCAGUUUCAAUCAACCCAAAACUAUUUGUGAAUUUGGUGUGAAUUCAUCAAAUAGUUUCUGCCCAGAAGAUUUUUCGGAACUUAAAUGCCAAGAGAAGGAGGCCUCCCUUAUAAACUUUAGCCCAGUGGUUAGAGCACUCACUGGGGACAUGGGAGACCCAGGAUCAAUUCUACCCUCUGUCUAAUGGGGGAUAUUUGAAAUUAGGUCUCCCACAUUAAGAAAAAUGCCCACUCCACUGGCCAAUGGGAUAUUCUAGGACAGGUCUCUCUGUCUCUCCUACUGAAACUGUUCCACUUUGUAUAAAUAAUUAAAUAGCCACAGGAACUGGAAUGUGAGUCUCCAAUCUCCUAAAUGGGUGCCCUAAACCACAAGCAACGAAGUAAUGAUACUUAGAUCUCAGUGUUUCAGGAGUCAAAUUAGCGAUCAACAUUACCCAAAAGAGCCACAGUAGUGUGAAUUCAUUAUUUCAUUUACUAUAAUACUAUAUAUUCCUAUUUAAACAGUACGACAGGGGAAAUAUAUAUUAUUCUCACGGCAAAAUGACUGACCAAGUAUUAUUUUAUCAACUACAAUUGAUUAUAAAAUAGUAAAAGCAUUUUGAUUGGUUAAUAAUUAAAAUCAGAGUGUGUUAUAUCAGGAGACACAUUAAAGCAGCUCUUGAGUCUAAGUCUGAGUAUCACAGUCUAAGUAUCACAGCUAUAAAGUCAUUCUCACUGUCCCAGUAACUAUUAAUUAGUGGCAAUUCAUAGUUCAGUAGCGCUUACACCUUCAUAUAAACGAAGCACAAGGCAAAACAGAGUACCAUAAUUAGGGCUACAUUUUAGUCACAGGUAUUUUUAGAAAAACUCAUGAACAGGUUCCGGCCAAUAGGAGCUGCAAAGCCAGCACUCUGGGCGGAGGCAACGCACAGAGCUGCCUGGCCAUGCCUCUGCCUAGCAGCUGAGCAAGAGGGAUAUGUCUGCUUCCUGCAAACCCCCCAGGUAAGCACCACCCAGACCCCAUCUCACCCUGUCCGGGGCCCCUGCCCCUUCCUACAUCCAAAUUCUGCUGCUCCUGGGGGGGAGUCAGGGCUUAGACUGCCCCAGCAGCAGCCGGUGCAUCUGAGCUGCCCCUGCGCUAGAUGCACCGGCAGCUGCAGAAGUCAUGACCUCCGUGACAAACUCACAGCCUUAACUAUAAUCAGAGUACUCAUUGCUUAUUUUUUUUCAUUUAGUUGUAGUCACAGCAUGCAUCAAUAUCAAAUCAAUGGCAGCCCCAAUACAGUCAUAUGGUGCUCAUUAAAAUAAACUGAAUGGAGUUUAAGCAGACAUUUUGACUUUCCUUUUAAAUGAUACUCUGACACCAUUGCUGUGAAAUAAAGACUGAAUAGUGUGUAUCAAUUUGUUUACUGAACGUAUUUUUAAAGUGUUGAAUUACUGAGACACUUCCACACAGGCAAACACUACUAUUUAUCUUUCAGUAACACCAUACCAAAGACUGUUAGCAGAGAUCAGAAUCUGGCGUUUAGCAUAUUUUACGACUUCUAGUAAUUCUUGGUUUAUACAGUUUGCUCGCAGGUUACUGAACUAGCACAACUGUUUAACAGUCUUGCAAGUCUGGCAAUAAGCAGUUUCAAACUGGAUUUUUGUUCUGUUUGAUUUUAGAAGUAUAUUGCAAACAGUGUUAUUCCCAGAUAAAAUGUGUUUCACAAACUUUAUCUAGGUAUAUUUGUAUUCUAAUAAAUUUUAAAAACAAACAUCCAAGUUUGGUUUUGCAGUUGAACAUUGGCUCUAUACAUUUCUAUCUCUAUAGUGUUUAAAUAGAACAUAGCAUCAUUUAAAGAGAUCAUUACUCUAUUUUACCUUAGCAUUUUUUCUUUUCAAAUCCUUCAGUUCCUGGACUUCUGUUAUCUACAGGUAAAGGAAAACAUUGUGUAUUGACAGCAAACCCUAUCUGAUAGUUUCUUCCCCAUCCUUGUAUCCUUUUUCUUACUAUAAAUCACUGCUAUAAGACUUACUUUUGAAACACUUUGGUUUAAAUAAAUUAGUCACUGGUAAUUCUGCCUGGCAUGUCCUUUCCCCAGCCCAGAACAAGGACUGUUAUAAAAUGCUACUCUCUCCACCACCAGGAGACAAGGCUGACAUUCUCUAGGUCCCAAUCUAAAAAUUCCAGGUUCUUUACCAUCUUGUUGUAGAAAUGCGUGAAGUUUUGUUGUUUAAACUUGUUCAUGCUAAUAAAUCACGUGAAUGUUCAACUA